UUACGAACGCAGUUUGUGUCCACCAGCAGAGUUGUGAGGUCAUUCAGGAAGCAGAAGGGUGUCCGAAGUGACGUCAGCCAGGAGCGCCACUGAGAUGGACGGAACUUGUCAGCCCUGAGUCCUGAUGCGAUCUAAUAUUUAUUCAAUUAAAUUAUAAACAAACGAAAAACAAGGGCGGAAUGAGAUGGGGAGGAGGUGAGGCAAGGCCUGUCAGCAGGAGGUUCUCAGAGCUGUGUUGCGUGUCCUUACCCCCCCUGCUGACACACACUGCUCCCUCCGCAUUCCAGUGAGAGAGAGGUAAAGAGAGAACCCCCACAAGACACCCCCUUCAGCGAAACCAUGAAGCCUGCCCAUGAACGCAACCAGGAGAGCCUCCCCCCAAAGAAGCGGGACUUACCACUGAACAGCAGCGGAGGGGGGGACGAGUCGACGUCCACUCGCAGUUCGGGCUCGACGGGGAGCGAUGCCCCUGGCAGUGGCGUGGCUGGGGAAUGGAUGCGAGUCCAGACGGGACUGCAGUACAGCGUGGAGAUCUCUGAAAGCAUGGCCGUGCCCAUAGACCAGUACGGCAUGCUCUACAAAGUCGCCCUCCCCUCAGGCACCUACUCUCCAAACAGCCUGCACCAGGUCUUGAACAUGGGCCACCUUUCUCCUGCCUACAGCAUGCCCUCUCCCCUCCUGCAGCACCCAGGAAUCCCCUACCCCCCAAUGGGCUAUGCCCAGAUUCCCCACUCCUCCCUGCAGUUUGUAGGCGCCCCCUAUACUGUCCCGUAUGCUGUGCCUCCUGGCUUUGUUGUUCCCAGCUCCUUAAUCUCGCCCCAGGCUGCUAUACCCCAACAGCAUCAUGUUUCCCAUCUGGUUCCCUACCCUUCAGUUAUCCAGGAGGGAGUCAUUACCCCUCCCCCACAGUCCUCAGCCCAGGCUUUCACCAAAGUGGCCACAGCAGCAGGCCUUUCUGUGGUCCUAUCCUCCGAUCAUGCCACACAGCAGCAGCAUAUUGGAGCAGUUGCGGGGCGCACUGCGAAUGAAAUCAGCCCCAGAGGAGUGCCAGUCUACUACCACCACACCAGCUGUAGGGCUCCCCCUACUGCCGUGGCAGCUCCUGUUUACAGGGACGUUUUGAGCCAUCAUGACCAGGGGCUGGUGGCUGCUUCCCAGCAUGAGAGGGGGAAGGUGGUGAACGGAGGCGAGGAGGAGCAAGGGGGCAGAGAGCUGCUGCAGGAAUUGCUGUACUCCGGCAGAAACAUGCAAGUGCUCCACGUUGUGGCCAGCACAGCCGGGGGAGAGGGCUUUGUGGACGGGCAGCACGCCACUCAGCGGCAACCCCCCCACGAAGAGAGGCCAUCCCCCAGCCACAGGAGCACCCCUGACACUGACCUGGAGGUGCAGCAGGUGGUGGGGCGCCUGGCUUUUCCAAAUCAGAACGUCCUGGGAAAUCGUAAAGAAGCCUCCUUCGGCCCCCUGAACCUGUCACAGGGCUCCCAUCGGAGCAGAGAGAUCCUGCCCGCAGCCCAGGGUCGAAGUGCUGUCAGAGAGGAGACUGUGUUGCCAGGCAGGACUGCGUUCGGAGGGCAUGCUGCUGUUCAAGGCGACCCAAGAAUACAACAGCAGCAGCAGCAGCCACACCACCAGCUACCGCCACAGCACCACGCUGUGAUCCUGGCAAACGGGCAGCCUGUGUUGGUGCCUCUGGAGCAGAACCAGCAAUUCCAGCAGCAGCAAUAUCCUGGGCUACUAAACAACAUAACCACAACCACCACAGCAGCGGCAGUCGCAAAGGCCUCCGAACCUCCGGCCAGAACAUGCACCCCAGAGAGGGUGGUGGCAGCAGUGGAUGUUGCAGCCCAGCAGCAGGGGCAGCCAGUAUCGGUCCAGGCGCCCGUUGUCCCUCAACCUUCCCACUUCAUGAAGGGAGCCAUCAUCCAGUUAGCCAAUGGGGAGCUGAAGCGAGUGGAGGACCUGCAGACGCAAGACUUUGUGCGCAGCGCCGAGAUGAGCGGCGGUCUCAAGAUUGACUCCAGCAUGGUGGUGGACAUCCGCAAGAGCCAGCAGCGGCCUGGUUUGGUGGCCCUCCAGUUCACAGUCGGGGAGCAGCAGAACAAAGUGGCCAUUGAUGUCCCCCCCGAGCACCCCUUCUUUGUUUUCGGCCAGGGCUGGUCAUCCUGCAGUCCCGACCGGACGGUCCAACUAUAUGGGCUGUCCUGCCACCGAUUACAAGCAGGGGAUGUCUGUAUCUCGCUCACCUUGCAGCAGCAACAGCAAGCACAAACAAGGACACCCACAGUUACUAAUGUCAAUAGUGCUGGUAUCUCCCAGCCCAUGGGACCCCCAGCCUCCCAGCAAUUGAGGGCCCCCAGCCAGUUCAGAGCAGACAGGACUCACAGGGAGCGAGAGGAUGAAGAGGAAGCAAUGCAGGUCAGGGGAGCGGGAUCAGGGGAGACAGCACUCCAGACGGUUAGGACUUUUGCAAACCAGCCCAGAGGUCAGACCAGUUAUUAUUUGCACACAGAGAGCCAUCCCCAGGCAGGAGGGGAGCAGUCGCACACAACAAGUGCGGCUCAGCGGCGUUGGUCAGCGCCCGGUUUCCAAAAAUACGAGACCAGGAGCGAGGAAUCAGCCCAGCCUUCCUCCUCAUCCUCUGGCUGCUCCAGGCCUUCCUUCAUCCCUCAGGAGGUCAAGUUGUCCAUCGAGGGGCGGUCCAACGCGGGGAAGUAGCAGCAGCAAGAGAUUGUUGUGAGAGAGUGAGUGAGUGUGAGAGAGAGAGAGAGUGUGGCCUCAGAAUGCUUGAGAAUUUGCACACAAGAAGACGACAGCCUCCCCGCCUUCACUUAUCCCCUCUAACUCCAAGAUUCCUUGUCUUAGUCCUCGGGUCAUUCAAAGUCCUGUUUUUGAUUCAACCAGUUCCUGUUAACUUUUAGUUUUAUAUGUAAUAUGUUUCCUUACAAAGGCCAGUAUGGAACAGACACAUUCAGGAUAUGGGAAGUACUUCAUAUUGAUUUUGAACUAAAAUACAUAAUUUCUGAAACUUUAGCAGUGGCCGCCUUCAUGAUGCACAUACAGUAAUUCCCACAGACAAUUAAUGUAGCUCCUGGUUGAAACAGAAACACUUGGAUUAUAAUAGUGUUUUCCCCAGCACUGAAUUUAGCAACCAACUCACAGUCUUAUGAACCUUGGGAUUCCAAACCUAUAUGGUGGCUGUGAUUAAAAAUAAGAGGUGAGCAAGAGUUCAGGAAAACGGGUGUGCUUUUAAAAGGGUAUGGGUUUUAUACAAUUUUAGUAAUUUUUGGUAUGACCAAUUCUCCCCACAUCCAUUAUACCCCCUCAUAGAUUUCUGACACUUCAUUGCCUAUGUAGACACCUUCUGAAAGCAAUAUGACUCGGGAGCCAAUACAGGCCCCGACAGAGCUGGCUUUAUCCCAUACCUCCUCCUCUGCAUUGUAUACUGGGUGUAUCUGCUGUAGAAUUUUUAACUGGGAUCAUUCUCAGUUCAAUUCCAAACCCUCUUCAUAAAGUUUGGGAACUUGCUGAAUUCUCAGCAGUGUUUGUGAAUGGAUAUUGAACUUACCUGCCAGUAUUGUUUGGUUUGUGCAUUGCUGUUUGGUACCAUGGGCACUGACUUAAUCCAUUUGGGUAAGGCUGAGACGCUGCAUUUACAAAAUUCCAGAUCCUAGCCAGGAAAUGGCCGUUGUCGUGUCACAAUUCAUAAAAGUAGCACUUCCUCCGUGCCAUGACAACCCAUUUUAGGAAUGCUUGACUCUUGACUGUUCCGUCAUUAAAAAGCUAAGUAAAUGAAGCGAUAUAAGAGUGUGUAAGCUAUGCAUCUUCUGGCCUGCUUGUGCUUUAUGAAUACAGCCCUACGUGUCAAGCAUUUAAACAUUGGGAGCAAAAAAGCAGAAAUGUCUUUCAGCACUGGUUCAGUAGCAAUAGUUAGAAGGAAUAAUCUGCCUUGUUUACUAAGCUUUUGAUCCUUUUUUUAUUAUUAUUAUUAUUUGAGGAUAAAUGUGGUGCAUUGGAGCAUAAUCUUAGUAAAUCCAGCCAACUAAUUUAAAAAUAAUAAAAAUAUAUUUUUUAAAUAAAGGCACAUAUAAAGUAUAUUAUUAUUAUAUAUCAUGUUUGUUGCUGUUUUUACCCCUCCACUCCUAUAUGUUACCACUUCACGAGUAGGAAAAGGCUGAUUUGCCAAAGUGAAGAAUAAACCUUGAUGGUGGUUUGCUCGGUAGUACUGUUUUGCAGUAAAGGUGAAGAAAAAACCUUGGUCUGUCACUGUUAGCAUUUCAAUAAAACCACAGGGACCCUUGCAAUAGCAUGCAGAUUUUUCAAAACAAAUGAAUAAUGAGAUGAAUCCUCUUGAACUAAUAAUGGCUUUUAUUCAUGUAAACAGAUGAAUGUAAACAGAUUUCUGAAUUUCUGUAAACAGAUUUCUUGAAUUUGUAUUAUGCGUUGUUUUAGGUGUGGUCCAUGGUCUGCUCUUUCUUUAAAAGUAGUACCUUUUCCUGAAUAGAUCAGUUAUUCAUAUUCCGCCCUUCUUCAGAUCAGUUAGCCACACACAUCCUUGUGGAUACAUCAAUAAUAGCAAUGAAAUACAAAUCUUUAAUAAAAAUCUAGCAUUUUUUGUAAUAGCUAUAUAAAGAAAAAAAGUCUUUAGAUAUUUAUUUCUUGAACUUAACUGACUUGUGUACUUGAUGCUGUUUACAAAUUUACAAAUAAUGUAUUUUUAUGUCAUUUUAUAUUAAAGCAGGAAUAAAAAAAAAAAUAAUCAAGUAAAAAGUGCAAUUAGACUGGGGUACUUCCCAGUCCUGCCAUUCCAACAGAAAUUGUCCAGUAUCGGUGGUAAUUUAAUUAAGAGGCCAUUCAAUGUAUUUAUGUUUUAAUUUCACUUGUUCCUGACGUAAGUCUGCUUUUAACUUUUCAUUUUCGCCUAUAUCUAAACCUGUUUUCAUAAAACAUUAGCCAAUUACCAUUCUGAACUGUAAUGGUAAGACACUUUUCUUUCCAGCAGGCAGCAGAAAAUUAGGGUGUUUUGUCGUAUGAAGGUUUGGUCAGUUGGCAGUUGUGUCAUUUUUUUAAAAUCGUAUCUUUAAAUGAAUUAUCCACAUGGGCCCUGGAUCGUUCAUAAAUAUCCAGAUUAUUGUUUUUUAUUUAUUGUAUGUGACAGUCUUUGGCAUUCCAGGCAUCUCCCUGAAUAGGUUGCAGUUAAUGUAAAAUGUGGCGCCUAGAACAUACCAGCUCCAAAGCCACAUGUGAGAUGUUUCCAAUUAUAAAGUCUCAUAAUAGCGCUGCAUUUAUGAAGCUGUCUGAAAUUGUGAUGCUGUCUGUUUGAGUUCUGGCCUAUGCUUUCAAGACCAACCAACGAAGGUCACUUGGUAAUUUAAAAAAAAUUAAAACUGCUGAGCCAGUUGAUAUUUUGAAUUAGAGUUCUGGUAACAUUACCUCUUUGUCUAUAUUUUUAUUUGAAAUACUAAUUAUUUAUACACAGACUAUAAGAACAUGAAAGAAAAGGUAGCAGAUCUUCCUUUGGAGGUAAAUGUAUUUUAAAUACCUGUUGUUGUUGUCUUAUGCAUUUCAGAAAGUUGGACGUUGAGGAGUAAUUAUUUAUUUAAGGUUCUGUAAAUGACACUAUAAAAGUGUAAUAUGGUGGAGAAAGUUAGGUUAGGUUCCUUAUUACUGUCAGAAGCACACCUAAAGUAUUCUGUAUCUGUCUAUGUAUACUUACAGAUAUCAUAUUAUAUUGUGCUUAAUUCUGAGUUAUUUUUACAAUCGGUGUACAGUCAGUCAUUCAGUACCCAUGUGACCAUUGCAUGCCCAUAAAUAAGGUGUUGGUGUGCAUGUGUUAGGGGCACCAUUAUCCCCAUCCAAUUUAAGUUAUAUAAAUGUACAAAUAUAUUACACACGUACCAUGAUUAUUACAUUCCCCAAGAAGUGUUUUAUAAGAUGGUUGUUGCGUGCUUGUUUAUCACAUUGUCUUUGUUAUUGCUUGCAUCAUAAAAAAAAGUAUGUUACUUUCUUAUGUAAAACAUAAGUGCGAUUAUUUGUUUAAAAGAAUCAAAUUAUUGCCAAUAGUGACAAAUUCAGUGCUUGUUUCAUUCAUAGCUCUCAUCAUCGUCUCCACCGUUGAAAAUCAUUAUUAUUAAGCACACUCCUGCAGCCCACCCUUCUCUAAGCAGGAUCAGUGAGAAUUGUAAACAAAUAGGGGCUGAAUUAGGUUCAACAUCCCAAUCGCAUCCCCCAGAUAAAAAGAAAAAAAAGAACAUUUUAAAUGCGAUUUGUGCCACUUUUUUGUGUGAUGUGAAAUAAAACUGUUAAACAUAACUAGUAAAAAAAGCACGCCUUUGAGUCCUUAAAUUAUCUCUAUGAGUUGUUUACAACUAUUUGUUAUUAGAUUCACAGUUUUUUGCACUUAAACAAAAUUAUGAAGCUAAUUGCAUUUUGUUGUAAAUACCUUGAUGAAUCCUGCCCUAUGUGUUUUGUCCAACUGAUCUAAAUAAA